AGUCCCCACUGCGUGUUGAUGAAGAUGGAGAGUUUGCUGAAGAGGGAGCUGAAUACAGUUAGUCUGAAACAAUUGGGAUAUGCAGGGGGCGGGUGUAUUAGCCAAGGACAGAGUUAUGAGACGGAUACGGGAAGAGUUUUUGUCAAAAUCAAUCACAAAAAUCAGGCCAAGACGAUGUUUGAUGGUGAAAUGGCAAGUCUGGAGGCAAUCUUGAAAACCAACACAGUGAAAGUGCCAAAGCCAAUAAAAGUGAUCAGCCUUUCGGAUGGUGGAGCAGUUUUUGUUAUGGAACAUUUAGAUAUUCAUGGUUUAAGCAGACAUAUGGCUACAUUAGGAGAGCAGCUAGCAAAUCUACAUCUCCACAAUGCAAAGCUGAAGGAUCAGGAAAAGAAAGAUGCACAGACUGUUGGCAAAGGGCCAGGACAGUCCGAAAUCCAGUAUGUGAACAGAUUUGGGUUUCAUACCACUACCUGCUGUGGUUAUCUCCCACAGAAUAAUGACUGGCAGAGCGACUGGGUUAACUUCUUUAUUCGGCAACGUCUUCAACUACAGUUGGAUUUAAUUGAAAAAGAAUAUGGUGACCGUGAAGUCCGGGAACUCUGGUCAAAGCUUCAGUUGAAGAUACCUGCUCUAUUUCAUGAUCUGGAAAUCACACCUGCUCUCCUUCAUGGAGACUUAUGGGGAGGAAACAUUGGACAAGUAGAUGAUGGCCCUGUCAUAUUUGACCCCUCCUCCUUCUAUGGCCACUCUGAGUACGAAUUAUCAAUAUCUGGAAUUUUUGGAGGGUUUGGCGCAGCAUUCUAUACAGCAUAUCAUAACAAAAUUCCCAAGGCAUCAGGAUUUGAGAAGCGACUGAAACUUUACCAACUCUUCCAUUACCUGAAUCAUUGGAAUCAUUUUGGGACAGGAUAUAGAGGGUCAUCUAUAAGCACAAUGAAAGCAUUACUGAAGUGAACAUAGCAAAUAAUAUUAAAAAUGAUUCCUGACUGAUGACAAAUGAAACAUGUGCUUACUUUUAAAAUGUCAUAGCAAGAAAUCUAUACUUGGAUGAAGAUAAAAUAUUUAGGAUGAAUUUAUGCUAUUAUUGCUAACAACAAAAUUUCAUUGUACAUUUAAAGCUUGAAAUUAGCAGUGAUUUCACACUUAUUAACAUUUGCGGUAACAGUGUAACAACUAAGUAAAUAAAGUGUGAUAAAUUGCAGAUGUGAGAUAUUAACUUCUGUUGGAUGAUGUUUUUCAUGAAACUUAAUGCAUCAUUUUGUUACUGACUCUGAUCGAUCUUACAACCAGGUGAGGUGGACAAUUGGCAGUUCUCAUUUUAACCCUUCUCAUUAGGUAGCUACAAAUAUUUUUAGUUCUAUUUUGCAAAAGCUUCAUAUUUGAAUUGAGAUAUAGUUCUCUGGACAAUAAAGGAACCAAUUAGUUACCAAGGUUUACUUGAAUGAAAGAAUAAAGAAUUUUGUUGCUCACUAACCCUGAGUCAAAAUAAUAAAAGUAUUAUAUCAAAUACACGCACACACAGGUAAUAAGUUUAAAAAGGAAGGUGUAUAGAGACAGAGAAUAAAGGUUAUAAAGUUUAAAUCCUUGGAAUUUUUGAGAUGUUAUAACCUGAGACCAGAGUUUUAUUGUUGACUGGUAUCCUCAACUUUGGUGAGGUGUGUAGAUAUUUUUGAGUUCUCGGUGAAAGGCUAUUCUUAUAGUUUGGUUUUGCACUGGAUUCUGUUUAUUGAUAUGCUGGGAGAAGCAGAUAGGGAGAGAGAAUCUUUCAGUUCUUGCAAAAAAUCCGUUUUCUCCCUUUGUUCUGAUGCUCAAAAGCAGCAAUUGAAAUUUAGUUAAUAAAAUGUGAGGCUGGAUGAACACAGCAGGCCAAGCAGCAUCUCAGGAGCACAAAAGCUGACGUUUCGGGCCUAGACCCUUCAUCAGAGGGCUCAUCAUGCCACACCAUGAAUUAAAUAAAGAGAUUUAAUAUUUAAAGACACCAACUAGAAGCUUAGUUAUUGAAAACCUCACGUUAUUUUGUUGUACAAAGGCUAUUAAAGUGACCAUUUAACACA